AUGCAACCGUUCAAUAAAUAUUAUCCUCCUGAUUGGACACCUGAUAAAGGCACAGCGAACAAGUUUGUAGGAAAACAUCCUUUGGGCGAUCGUGCAAGAAAACUAGAUAAAGGGAUUCUCAUUGUUCGUUUCGAACUACCUUUUAAUAUAUGGUGUACUGGUUGUGAUAAUCAUAUUGGAAAAGCUUAUGUGGUGGUCAGUGGAGCUAGAGAAAAAGUGGAAACGUGGACGGCUGACAAGGAUGAUCAUGUUGCAACAUUGAAUGACGAAGCGAUUAAGGAAAAGCUAGCAGAAGAUCCUAUUUACAGAUUAGAACAUGGUCUUCAAGAUAAAUCAGUGGGACUAUCCAAUGUACCAGUCUUGACACAGCUACAGCAACUUAGUAAUGCACAAUGGAAGGAUCCUUAUACCCAAUCACAACAACUACGGCGUAAAUUCAGACAAGAAAAAAAGAAGGACCAGCAAAUCUUGGAACAAACAAAUCAAUUGAAGGACAAACAUUCAUUACAUAUUGAUCUUUUGCCAGAAUCAGAAACUGACUCUCUGGAAGCUAAGAUGGUGGAUUUUUCAGGUAAAUGCGUAUAUAAUCAUCAUUUUUUAUCACUGACUUUUUUCUUCUUUUGUGUAGAAUCUGGUCGUACAAGGAUUGAGCAGCAAAAAUUACAAGCUUCAACUGCGCCACUAUUCGGCCACAACGGCAGCAAUACAUCUACCCUCUCUGAUACAACCAAACGAGUCAAUCAUCAUCGAACAGCAUUGCAAAAAGACAACAAGAGUACAACAACUAUCCAUCCAAAGCAAGUAUUGGGUCAACGUGCAUUAUUACAUACAAAACGGAAGACAGAUCCUUUUUUACAAGACACAGGCUUUAAGAAACCAUCCAACAAUACUUCUAUACCCUCAUCAUCAGCAUCUUCAGUAACAGAAUCAUCACUACAUGGAGUCACUGUUCGACCAGUCAAGAAGAAAAAGGUGGAAAUGUCACUGGUGAAUUACCCUGAUUCUGAUUAG